AUGUGGAGUACCUCAAGGUACUAUCCCACCAUAUUUAAUAUUCAAAUUAAUCAAAUAAACGAUCUAAAGAUACAUAGUAAACUAGUUUAUUAUGCUGAUGACACUGUUCUUUUUGUUAAUGGUAACUCUUGGGACGAGGUAUUUUCAUACAUACAAGAUGACCUGAGAAAAAUCAUUAGUUGGUUAUGCGCAAAUAACCUAUUCUUAAAUUUAGAUAAAACUUAUUUAUUAACAUACUAUAUAACUAAUUCAAACCAACCAGAUAUAACCAGCCUGCAUAUUCACGAACACGACUGCUCAAAUCCAAAAUCUUGUACAUAUCUAACAUCAUUAAAAAUAGUAAAAUCUUGUAAAUACUUAGUCAUUGAAAUGUGUCAUAACCUCAAAUGGCAUGGCCACAAUAAACAAAGUUAAAAGGUUGUUAUUGGGAACCGUUUUUAUUAAUUUUUUUGUUAUUAAGUUUUUAUUAUAUUAAUUUUUUUUAAAUAAUUAUUGUUGCCAUGGAAAUGCACAUUGUUGUAAUCAUUUUACCAUGAUAUUACAUGUAUAUUGUUAACAACGCAACACUAUCAACUGAACUCCGUUCAGAAUCGUGUUUUCGUUAGUAAUGGUUUAUCGUUGCUUACAGAUCUACAGAUUAAUUAAAUUCCCGUUUGCAGAGGCGUACUCACGGGAGGGGAGGAUGAGGGUGUCAUAUCCCCCGAUGAACUUUUUUUUUUUAUGCAUUUGUUUGAAGUUUUUUGGUAGUUUCGAUUUUCUCAGAAAAAAAGGUAGUGCAUUGGUUUUAAUCUUAAGUCAUGUUAAUUAUUAUCAUAUAAAUCAAAUAUGUUUAGUAUAUACUAUAGUAAAAGUAAUUAUCUAUAGUCCAUAGCAGGUGGCACGCGAAAAGAUUUUGAGGGCACACGAAAAAUUAAAAUAUUUUUGUCAUAUAUAUUAUGUUAAUCACGAUUAUUCAAUUUUAUCUGUAGAUAAAAUAAUAAUACGUACAUUUAUAUAUAUAUACACAUUUUGGCAGCUUACUCUCAAUAAAGGUAGAUAACAUACUAAACGCAAUAUUAUAUAGUAUCUGUAGAUAAAAUUGAAUAAUCGUAUACAUAGGAAACAAAAUUUUGAAAGUGUGGAAUGCAAUUUCACAAGAUUAUUACACUUUAAAAAUAGUAGCAUUAAGUGUUUUGUCUAUUUUUUUUCAAUUUAUUCGUGUGAGUCAUUAUUUUCAGAAAUUAAUUUUAUAAAAUCUGAUUUAAGAAACCGUCUAAGUGAGAAUGCAGUGCCGCAUGUACUUUAUUAAAAGUUACUAAUUAUAAACCAAAUAUCAACGAAUUGGCAACAUCAAGAAAGAAAAUAAAUAAUUAACAAAGUAAUAUUAUUAGAUUCUGAGCGUAGAGAAGAAUGUAUUGAUUUUACUAAGAUGUUUAUUUUUUUUUCUUUCUUCUAGUCUGUGGACACGUUUUUACCAAGUAAACUUGCUCUGAUUUUUAUGCAUAGCAACUUUUUUGAAAGUUCAAGGUGUCUAGAUUGUACUUUAAAUAUGUCAUUUUUUAAUUUUCAACGCCAUUUUUUAAAUAAAAGCACAUAUGUGGGAAAAAACGUAGGAAAGGUAGAGGGAAAAUUUAAUGUAUAUCUGUAAGCAACGAUAAACCAUUUCUAACGAAAAACCUAUUCUGAGCGGAGUUCAGUUGAUAGUGUUGUUUUGUCAACUAUAUAGUAUAUGGUAUAUGUCAUUUUAUGGUAAAAUUAUUACAACAAUGUGCGUUUCCAUGACAACAAUGGUUGUUUAAAAAAUAUUAAUAUAAUAAAAACUUAAUAAUAACAAAAAAUAAAUAUAAAUUUUUGUCAAUGACAACCUUAUUUUUAACUUUUUUUUACCUAUAGAACCAGAUUUUCCUCAUUAUUUCAAAUAUUGAUGAGAGUUUCAAAAAAUUACCUCUUUAAAGUACCACCCAGAGGAAAUUUCCUUUCAGAAAAGACACAGAGAUAUAAAACGGAUAGUUAUUACAUAUGGUCAACGAAGGGAGCUUGAAAUUAAAGCACGAGAGGACAUUAAGGAAGUCAAUAUUUUACCUGACAGUAAAUCAGAAAGAAAAGAUAAAUUAACUUCUACUUUCCUGUCAGCCAAUGAAGACAAUUACAGAUUAAAAAGGACUAGAGAAGCAGGUCCUCUAUUUUUAAUACAUGUCUAGCAAAAUACAAAAACAUGCUGUACGUACUCAAAGAGACGAAUUACACAAGGUUCCCACAAUACAGAUUCGUAUUCAAGCACAUUGCGAACCAAGGCAUAGUAUAAUAAUUUGAACUGAGUAAAAACACGUUUGACAUAUCAAAGUAUUUUUAGUGCUUUACAACUAGAAAAUUGUAUAUGUGGUGAAAAUGUUAGUUUUAUACGAAGUUUUUUAGUGUGUUUUCAACUCUUAUAACCUUAUGUCCAUUGAUAUAAUAGUCAAAGACAAUCGGAUAACGUGAUCGAUAAUACAAAAUAGAUCUGCAUUUUUGGAUAUUAAGUGACAAACCCAUGGUCAAAGUCCAUUGUGCAAUUAUAUUAAGAUCAUUAUUCAAACAAAUACAAUCAUAAUUCGAAUUAACUUUUAUGUACAGCUUCAGAUCAUCCGUAAACAACAGAAAUUUGCUUUUCUUUGAGAAAUCUUUUAUACCGUUAAUAAAUAAUGAGAAUAGCAUGAAAGAGAGCUGGGAGAAUAUUUUAGUAUUAAUAGCAUUAUAAGUAUUAAGUAAAAAUGGACAAUUUUCAAUGGAAAAAUGAAUAAAUGUUCAUGUGGUAAAUACAAUAACAACAUUUUCUUGAUAAUUUGCAUGAACAAAAUUUUUGUUACAAUUAAUUAUAAAUGGAAUAUUUGAUACCACUUUUUUUUUUUUUUUUUUUUUACACGGGGGAGGCAAUUGCCACUAUUGCUCUCCUUGUAUCCGCUCUGGUUCAAAUAAGUCGAUUUCAGAACAUUCGUUCAUCACACUUGGAUUCGAGGUAGAUGGUACGCAAGUAUAAGUAAGUAUUGAAGUAUAUAGGGUCUUCCAAAUUUCAUGUUAAAGUUCAAUUUUCCAUUACUUAUAAACAAUUUUUUAGAAAUUAUAUAUUCUAAAAUCGUUCUUAUUUUUGUAGGAGUUGAAGCGAUUACUUAUUUAUUUAUUUUACGUUUAAAUUGUUGAUUUUCGUCAACUCGUUGACGAGAUAUUCUAAUUUUAAGUUUGAGUAGAAGGAAAGUAGGAGUGCAUCAUUUGUGUGGCGCCACAGCGAGUGGCGUUUGUAUAAUGCUUCGCUUCUUCUACCUAAACACUUAAAAGUGAAAUAUCUUGUUAGUGGGUUGACGAAAAAAAAUUACUUCAACACCGAAAUGUAUUUAAACUAAUACUCCGUUUAUUUAUGUAAUUAUCAAUAUAGGUUACACUAUUUUAAAAUCGAAAAUAAGAAUCCAAUUAACCGAGAGUGAUAAGGGUGACAAAAAUAAUGACAAUAUCGUAACAAUUUAGAAUGCAUGAUUAUAAAAAGUACUUGUUGAAAAAAUAAGUAAUUCGUUGUCAAUUUGAACGUUACGUGAAAUUUGAAAGACCUGUGCAUUCUAUUUAUCUUUUAAUCCGAGUGCAGGUAAAUAUAUGUGUUUAUACGAGUAUAUAUAGGUAAAUGCGAAUACGACGACGGUGUCAGUUCGAUAAUACCAACCCCGUUUGUUAUUCCGUACCUAUAUCACGUAUUCGCGUUUGCAUGUUUACCUAUAUUUUACCCUCAGACCGUAUUAUAACAUUUAUAACCGGCACGUGCACGACAAAAACUCGAGGGUGUCGAAUCGAAAUUAUACCGUUCGGCGGGUUAUAUUAUUAUAUAUAGGUGAUCGAACACUACGUUAUAUAGGCCAAGGUCUUGAGGACGUUCCAUUGGAUCUUUAUACGGUGUAAAUCAAAUCAAGAGGGGCGUCAUAUUUCCUAUUCGACGUGCAGGCUAUAUACAUAUAUAAUGUAUCAUAAACGAUUAAACUGUGAGACUGCGCGUGUAUGUAUCUUUUUUUUCAUACGGGACGGAAACGGUACGAGAAAAAAAAACAGUCGGGCCGAGACUCCCUAGGACGCAGCCGACUAGCGUUAAAUACGUACACACUACACACUCCACUCCGCCGCCGCCGCUGCACGCGCCGAUCCGACGGUCGACGAGUGGCGGAGGCCGCGACGCGGCAGCCGUGGUCUCAGUUGGGGAAUAAACGGGCCAAAGGCGGCGGCGAGCGCUCGCGGAUCAAUAUCGUCCGGUGACGGAUCGCGCGGCCGCGGUGUGCCGAACGCCAGCACCGCUGCCGCCGCCGCCGAUGAUAUCGCACGCACGCACCACGCAUCGCAGCCGCCGCCGAAAAACGUCGUCCCGCGAAACGGGUACGGGCGCGCGCGCAGUCUGUAGCGGUCCGCGGUGAACGAUACCUACGCCGGCAUUUUCCAUACAUAAUAAUAAUCUACUCUCCGUUUUUCGCCAACGACAACGGCGGCGACGACAACAAAUAACGAAAAAGCGAAUUUACAGUCCCGACGGCACCGCUAGCCGCCGAGGCGUUGUUGUACGUACCGACGUGAAUUCGCGGACGGGAACGCGCCGCCGGCAGCUAUGACGACGACGACAACGGUCGCCGUCCACGCCGCCACCUGAUCGCUCAGCAACCGGCCCGUAGCUCUAUGUCAACGGCGAAUCGUCGCUGCAGUUGACUGUGCGGUGUCCGACGGUGACACACAGUCGCGGCCACUUUCCGCGCUUUUCCGGAUCUACCUGACGAGAACACCGAACGCGAAAUACUAUAAUCACCUCCAAGGUAACAUUAACACACAAAAAAAAAAAUGUAUUAUAACGUUAUUAGCUCGUUACCGCGCGUCCGUCGUACAAUCCGCGGCGUUUCUUCAUCCUAACCUGUCGCCGAAUCGCCUAUGGCGGGGGAACGCAUGGGUAGAAUUAACUACCACCCCUUCCCCUCUCGUACCGCAAUUAUUGUCCGUCCGUUACGUUCGAACUAUGAUUAAAAAUUCAACGUUAUCAACUAGCCCACAGAGUCCGGCGUCUAAUCUUACCGAUUUUCGAAUUGUUAUUAAUUCUUAUCAGUACUUUUCGUACUAAUUUGUCGCGAUUUAAAUUUACGCCAGGGACAAGCUCGCGAUGCCAUCAUAAUAUUUAAUCUUCCGGCAGAUCGGUCGUUUAGUCGAUUAUUUUGAAGAAAAGGUUAGUCGUAUAGUUUUCGAAACUCGGCCUUACCGAAAACCUAAUCGCAACUGUCCUAACUCGGUCCGUCCGCAUAGACAUGGGUACGCGCAUGCGACGAAACUGCAUAUAUUGAGCCCGGAUUUUUAAACGCCAACCUCUCGCAUUUGAAUAAUAUUAGCGGGCGAUUUUUUUUUCUGCUAUCGGCCGACGGAAAUUCGCUUUUUUACAAGUGGUUUUUACGUUUUGUAUCUCCCCUACACGAAACUCGCGAAACAUAAUAUUAGCAUACAUUUUGCGCAGAAAAUUACGACGCCAUAUGGAACGCGCCGCGGUCGUGUAAAUGGCAUUUCGGUUGUGUAUUAUAUGCUGUUAUUUAUUUCCGUCACGCGCAAACGAAUCAAUAACUGCGGCAAUAUAAUGUUCCGACCAUAAUUAUUAUUACCAUACACGGUUACAAUUUUAAUUGUCAUGUAUUGUUGCUGCAGUACUAAUAUUAUUACCAUAAUUAUUAUCAUCGAUUUGCGUGUCCGUGAAUUAUUAUUAUUAUUAUUGUCGUAUACUUGUGCGACGCCGACAAAUGCCACCUGUAUCGUUAUUAUAAUCUAUUAUAAUAUUAUAAUAUUGUGUAACCGUGCGCAUACCGCGACCCUGGUUACCGCGAACUUGUUGAUGGUCACCCACCCAUAUAGAUACGGCCGAUGAUGGACGGGGUGGAAGGAAAAACAAAAUAAAUCGCGCAUUUGACACGAAGUGUCUGGACGUUUCUACGGCGUGAAGUACAAUAUCUUUUUUUUCAUUUUACCGCUAUACGCGUUAUUCUCAAUUACGUUUGCCGUUAUUUGAACAUAGUAAAUAAAUUAUAAAAACAAUAAAUGUACAAGGAGAUUUUUUUAAACGUGCUCUCGUUGGACGAUAUGUUCGAAUACUAAGAUACUUUUCACGGCACUUAAGCGUUAAGGAGUAACGAUGGUGGUGAUAGGUAAGUCGUAAGUACUUACUUUGGUGUUACCAACCUGCUUGUUGACGUAUUGUAGUCGAAAUUUGAACGAAAAUUGUACGAGUUAUUUUGCUUUAAAUGCUCUGGAAUAAGGAUAUUAGGGAUUUUUAACCGGGAGGCACAUAAUUUGAAACAAAUGUCUAGGCUCCCGCGUGUUAUUUUUGAAACAAAUUUAAAAAUCGGACCGCAAAUGAUACAUUGAUUUUAUUUUCGACGAUUUCCGGGUUAUUAUUAUUUUCAGUACUUCUAUAAACUAAAUUAUACUAAUAUACCUAGCAAAAUUUCCACCUACAACAAUGGCCAUGGCCAUGAUGUGAAAUACCUUUGUUCGGCUUUUUUUUUUGUGUUUGCUUUAAAACACAACAAAAAGCUCCCCCUCCCGAAAACUAUAUUCGGGUCUGUAAACAUUAUAAUAAUUAAUAAGUACUUAUUAUUCCGACCGUCCGAACGUCUACAAUAGUACGCUAUUCAAUACAAACCCAUAUACGGGUUUUAAAUUUUUAUAUGAUUUCCGGUUUACCGAUAUUUUUAAUUUUUUCGAACGGUGACACAUUUAAUCAGGGUCAGAUCCAGAAAUGUUUUAAGGAGGGAAGUGUAGAAUCAAUAUUUAUGUUUAUUAAAAAAAAAAAACAACCGAUUCUGAGGUGUUGUUUUCUCACCAUUUUUACGACACUGCUCAUGGGUAGACCACUUUGGUGGCCAGUAGGUGAGCAAUGGGGAAGCAUUAUAAGAUUACAUAGACUAUAGUGAUGUAAAAUACUUAAAAAAUGAACACAAACAACUUAAUUGAUAAAGCGGACUGUAUAUUUUUUUUACAUUUUGAGAGCGAUGAUGUCGCAAUGACAAAAACUUUGUAACUGUCUCGAUCAUGAAAGAAAGAGAAAUAUUAUAUACAAGUUUAUCAGUGCUGCCAACACAGAAACAGAUACAUAUGAUUUAGUUUAAAUAUAUUCCCCCUAUUGAAGGAUGUUUUCAACUUGUAAUUCAAUGUAAUAAGUGUUCUUAAUAAUAAUAGUUCAAAAUUUGAUAUGACAUAAAACAUAAUAAUAAUAAUAGUAUCUAUCAUUGCAUUAAUAAACAAAUAAUAAUAAUAGUGUUAAUUGAUAGGAAUCUUACUUAAUUUAACGACGGGACGUUUAAGAGUUGCUUACGCAGUCUUGACGCCCUACUCCAUCAGUCGUUGGGUGGAGGAGAAUGACUCGGCUGACCCUUCAGUGAGACGGUUGAGAGUUGUUUUCCUUGAUAAUGACUAAGUCACUAAUAUUGACAUUAGGAUAUUGUCUGUGCCAUUUCCCUCGUUGUUGGAGUGACAAAAUGUUUCCAAAAUAACUUAAUCAUUGAUUGCACCCUGCUUCAUCUUUGUAAUUUGUUCAUCUAAACAUCAGUGUGGUCUUGCUCAAUGGGUAAGAUAAUAGAAUUACCAACCAAAAUGUGUGCUGGACUCAAUGGUCUCUCAUCAUUUGGAUCAUUGUACUAUGAUGUAAUUGGUUUUUAUUUAAGACAGGCUUCAAUCUGAGAAAGAAGAGUAGCGACUUUUUCAAAGGUCUCUUUGAACUGAUUUGCAACAAUGCAAUGUUGCUUGUUGAAACUCUUCAGUAGUAAGAUGACUAAUUCAUUUUUCCAUGUUUUGAGAUCAAGCUUGAGUGUUAUGCAUGAAUCGAGGAAAUACAUAUGCAAUUAUUCAAAUUAAUUUGAACCAUGACGAAUGAUUUUGAAAUUGAAUACUUGACAUUACAAGUGCUUGUAUCUUUCGAAUUUGUUACUGUUUCUGAUGUAGGUGUAGUAAUGGUUACUGGCCAAUUUUUACUUGAGAGACUCAACCAUGUUGGACUUGACCACCAUAGAGAUGCUUCAAUCAAUAUUGAAGGUUAAACUCCUUUUGAAAUUAGAUCUGUUGGAUUGUUUUCUGAUUUAUGUAAUUCCAUUAUGCAUUUGGUGUUAAUUUUUGUAUUUAGCUAACUCUAUUAGCAACAAACUGCUUCCAUUUUGACGGACAGGUUGGAGUCCAGGCUAAUGUUACGUUAGAAUCAGAUCAUGAAAAAUUUGUUUUUGGUUUUACUUUUAAUGCUGAAACUAUUGAAUUUACUUACUGUGAAAGUAGAGCGCUGCAGAGUUCUAUCCUAGGUAUACUUAAUGUGCGCAUAGGUACUACUCGGCUGCUAAUAGUCUUGUUUGAUUGUAGCCACUGACCUGUAGACCUAAUGUAUACCACAGUUCCAUAGGCUCAUUCUGAAGCAUCUGCAAAUUCUUGAAUGUCAAAAUUUGCGAAAGUUACUUGUCAAAGAAUUUGUAAUUUAUUUAAAUUUAGUAAUCCAUCAACAAACUUAUUCCAAGUUGCCUGUGUAUCUGUGGCAAUGAUAAGUCCCAAUCUAUUUUCAGUUUCCACAGUUUUUGAAUCAACAUUUUUGCAAUUAUUACAAUGAAUUCAAUGAGUCCUAAUAGAUUAUAUAACCUUGCAAUGAGUGAAAGCACUUCUCUUUUGGUUUGAUUUACAUAAGUAGAUUCAACAGGUGGUUUUGUACACUGAAGAUCGUUGCUUGUAUUCCAAGUUAGUCCAAGAACUAUGAUGCUGUCUGAUGAUUACUUGACUUGUUGUUUGUUGUUAAACUUAACGAUUUGUGGUUAGAAGCUCACUUACUGAGUUGAAAUCAUCUUGCGAGCAUGGAGUUCAAUUCAGAAAUGAUUUUUUGGGCUUCUUCAACAGUGGUGGCUCCACUAAGAAUGUCAUCCACAUAGAAAUCCUUUAUAACGCUUUCUGCGUUAGGAUACUUGUCUUUAAAAUCAACUGCUAAUUGGUUUUAUGUUCUGGUCGCUAAGUAUGGUGCAGCAAUUAUGCCAUAUGUGACAGUGUUUAAUUUAUAAACCUUGAUUUCUUAAUGUAGAGAUGAGCGCCAUAAUAAUAAUUGUAAGCUUGUAUUUUCUUUGUGAACUUAAAUUUGUCUGUAAAUUUUGAUUAUGUCUGCAGUGAAUACUAUACUGUACAUUCAGAAACGAAUGAUUACAUAAAAUAAAUCAUCUUGGACAACCGGGCCAAAUAGAAAUAUAUGGUUUAGCGAUAAGCCCUUACCUCCAUCAGUUUUCAUUGACAUAUCGAAUACUACUCCGAGUUUUGUUAUAGUACUUGCUUCACAGAGAACAGGAUGGUGUGAUAGGAAAUAACAGACUUCUUUUGACUAUGCUGUGUCAACCAUUUACAUGUGACCGAGAGAUAAAUAUUCCUUCAUGAAAUCAUUGUAAUUGGUUUGUAAUGUGACAUCCUUUUGUAAACGUUUUUCAAUCGGUCUGAAUUGCUCUAAUGCUUCUUGAAAUGAGUCUCCAAUGACUGCUGGAUCAGAGUGUAACAGCAAUUUGACAAUGUCAUUGUCUUGAACAUUUGAACGGCUUAUAGAUUUGAAUGAGUGACAUUCUGAUUUUAGGCAAUUGAAACAGUCCAUUCUUUUUUAUUACUUUUGCUCUACCUUUGACAGUCAUUUUUAGAAAUUGUGGACAGUAAAAUAUUUUGUGUGAAGUGUCCUGAUAUACACUACAAUUGUGUGAGUUGUUACUUUUAGUAGCUACAUGGCUGUUUGAAUGCAUCUGUAUUUUAACUUGUGCUACAAUACGUUGAUCAAUCUUGGCAGACUAAUGCACAACACUCUGUUUCCAAAAAUAUAAUAAAUUGUUUAAAUGUUGGCCACUUGCCUUGCUUUAAUUUGUGGUUGGUUGCACUUCAACACAAUUUUUUUCUCAAAUCCUGGUAAAGUCGAUGAUUUGUUAAAUAAGUUAUUAUUGUAUCCCAAUGUAUUACAUGUACACCCAACUCUUGUAAUUCUCUCAUGUUUUGAUUUAAUUCAGUUAUCAAUUUUCUAAACUCAUCUGUGCAUCCUUUUUACUAUGGAUUUUUGGCAAAUCAUUUUGAGGUGACUAGACACUAAGGUCUGUAGAUUGUCGUACUUGUCAUUUAAUUAUUGCCGUACUGCUUGGUAGUUGCUGUCUGUAACCGGAAUGGAUUGAAUUAUGCUGAGUGCAUGACUGUUUAAUGUGAUAUUUAGGAAUAUGAACUUUUGAACUGUUGAUGUUUUUUCAUUUUUAUGGACUAGUGUAAAAAAGAGAUCCUUAAAAUUUGGUCAUUCUUUAAUACCACCAUCAUAUUUAAGUAAAUCUUUCUUGCAGAGUCUACCUUGUGUCCCAGUAACAGCUGUUGAUGUAUUUGUUUUUCAUAUGUACAUUUUUGUUUUUGCUAAAACAGUAAACAUUGACUCUUCAAAUGCUACACCUAUUUCUUCUUCUUCUUCAAAUUGUAUUUGAAGUUUUUCAAAUGCUUCUCUGAUGUACGAUAACCUUUCAAGUCUAGCUUCCAACUUGCUGAUAUCAUACGCAGUGCUAUUGAACAACACUACAUAUGUGUAUAUGCGUUCUAACGCAUUGAUCUGCGUUUUUCUUUUCUUACAUAUGCUAUUUUUUUCUGAUGCACUUAAACCCAUUUUGAUAUUGCUUAUUGUAAUCUGUGAGCAAAAUCAAAAACAAUUUUUGUUUUUUUUUCAUUUCUUUUAUGCUGCUAUCACUUGCUGAUAGCGCGUUAAUUUAUAUUGAUGUUGUAAACAAAUGGACGAUUACGAAUUCACUUUGUUAGGUUAGACUUUUCGGUAUUCAUGUACAUUCUAAACAUUGCCUUGUAACCGUCCGGAAUAUACGAGGAAAUAAGAUCUAUAAUAUAUACAUUGGUAUCAUUUUUCAAUGGAAAAAAAAAAAUGUAAGAACUUAUUCUUUGUACCCCGACAAUAUUACCGUAAUGAAUAAAUUAAUUAAUUAAGUUUAUACAUUGUAAUAUGCUAAGAUGAAUUAUUGCAGCAAACAAAAAAAACAAUUUGGAUGAGUGAAGUUGUAGAAUUAGUACAAAGUACUAUCAAGCGAAAAAUCUGCAUAUUUUUAUGGUGUGAUAUGGAAAAAUCACAGUAUUUCACUAGCCCUAAUAUUGUUUUCCGAGAAAAAACUCAUCUUUUGGCGGCGUCUUAAAUAUAUAAUUUAAGUAGAUACUAAAAGAAGUAUGUUUUAUUAAUUCUUCUGCACAUACAUCUUUUUUAGUCGAAACAAAUAUUAUUUCUGUAACACCUCACCAAUGGCGUAUAUCCUAUUUUGUAUCUUCCCCUCCCCAGUUUAAAUAUAAUAUUAUAAAUUACGUGCGAAAAUACCAAAAACAUUUUGUCUGUUAUUUCCUUGAAAAAAUCCAUAUAAAAAAAUCGUGCCCGUAAAACAUUCAAUUGGUUUGGCUUAAGCAGAUUCGUAAUUUUUUUUUUUAUAGUUUUUUUUUUGUAAACAGCACAUUAUAAAUACAAGUAUGUGAAAUGUUUAUAACCAAUGGUGAUGGUAUUCGAUAUUUAGACGGUCGCUAUUAUUAACCAAUUUACCGAAACGAUGUUAUUUCAAGCCACCGUGUAUUAUUAUUACGAUUCAUAAAUUAUUAGAAUACCGUAAACCGAAAAUCGUAUUUCGAGGAUGAUAAACAGUAUUUUAUUAUUAGAUUCUAAGUAGGUAUAUAACGAGGAAACUGUACGUAUAUUAGUUUUACUAUAAGAAUUACCAAAAGGGUAAGCAGUUUUUGGUAUUAAGAAUCUCUCAAAACAUCCAUUGCACCGUAUAUACAUAGGUCCUAUAUUUAAAAGAUGCAGAUGAUUUUAUGUCGGCGAUACUAAUUCAUUAUUUGAAACAUUUUCAAUAAUACAUUAUGUAUGAUACUAUCUAUGACAAGUAAACAAAAAAGAAAAUUUAGAUAUUCUGAUUCUAAUAAAUGAACCAAAAAAUAAUAAUAUUGGAGAAAAUAAUAUUUUAGAACCUAUGGUGUUUAAUGAAGAUAUUGUUUAUUAAAUGAACUCAAUGCCAAUAAAUUAACUUACAAAAUGUUGUUUAAUUAAAGCAAUUGAGUUGCUAUUCAAAAAAAUUAAUUUUAAUUACGUAUGAGCCCACUGAAAGGGUUAAAAAACUGUAAAUUAUUUCAAAGUUAUAAUUUCCUAAAUACCACAAUUCACAACAGUAGCACACCUCUCCCCAGCUCUUUUUAAUUUUUUUUUUUCCCCCUAACAAUGAAAUAUUUUUUAUUGUUUGGUAUAUCGGUAAUGCCUGCCUAUUAAUAAGUUUAUUUUUAAAUUCCUGUAACUUAUGUACAAAAAUGAGCAUAAGGUGAAUAUUUAGAGUAUUUAGUUCACUUUGCGUAUUUUUAGAUGUACCUAUAUAUUAAGCGAUGGAACGAAAACGAAAUGUUAUAUAACUUUGUUGGGCUUUCCAAUCUCAGUGUCUCUCCCCCUCCCUUAAAUUGACCGCGCACCACACCACCUAAUAAUACAGUACCACCUAUGCAUUCUUUUGUUUAAAAUGUUAAAUAACAUUCAAUUUUUAUAAUUAAAUUUUGAAAAAAAGCGUAUACAGGUAACAUUAUUACACACAGCACUACUCUACAUAAUAUAUUAGACAAUUUAAUUAAAAUAUGUAAAUGUAAGGUUUAUAUUAUAGUUAUUAGCAUAAAAUGCAUUAUCAUUUAAAGUGUACGAGCAGUAUUCAAUAUAAUACACUAAAAACUAAAUUAAUAUCUAAUUAAUAUUAGUGUUAAUGAAGCUAUAUAUUUUUGUAUUUUUUUUUUUCUGAAAAACAGUAGUGUUAUUUUAAUAAAUAAUUUCCAGUUCACUUCGGAUCAGUCAGAUCUCGCUUUUGUGUACCUAUUAUAUAAUAAUUAUUUUAGUCGAAAUUUUCCCGUAGUACAGCGUUGGACGCUAGUGGUCAAUAUUGACAAUUAUGUUAAAAUAACAAAAAUAAUUGCUUAAAUAAUUUAAAAAUUAUUAGGAAAAUUAAUUAUUAUAUAUUUAUAUGUAUGCGGAGUGCAGAUCGAGAGGGGAACUGAUUAUUUUGUUCGUUUUUGUUACGGUUAUAUAUGAAGUACACGGGAAGGGCGAAAAAAAGAAUAUUUUUAAAAAAACCUUCCCCUAAACAAAUUAGUAAAUCAUCCAAAAAUAAUCAUAAAUUCAUAAUAUAAUAUAAAUAUUACUUAUAAAAAAGACGUACAUACUUCGCACAAUGGGUGCAGCCACUGUUGUUGAUGAGAAGUAAGGAAGUUAAGAUAUAGAAUGGAAAUUAAUUUAUAUCUGUAAGGAACAAUAAACCAUUUCUUACUAAAAACGAUUCUGAGCGGAGUUUAGUUGGUAAUGUUGCUUUGUCAACAAUAUACAAUAUACAUGUAACAUUAUGGUAAAAUAAUUACAACAAUGUGCAUUUCUAUGACAACAAUGAUUGUUUAAAAAAGAUUACUAUAAUAAAAACCUAAAAAUAAAUAAAAAUGGUUGCCAAUAACAACCUUAUUUUUAGUUUUUCAAUCUUUUUUAACCUAAAGAACCAGGUUUUCCUCAUUAUCUCGAAUAUUAAUGAGAAUUUAAAAAAAUUACUUCCGUAAAGUGACUUCUCAGUUAUAUUUCCUUUUAGAAAAAGUGCUAUCAUUAUAAAUCGGAUCAAAAUUUGAAAAAUAAAAAAAAAAUAGAAAAGUUGUCUGCAGAAAAAAAAAAUCAUAGUAUUUUAUUAAUACAUUUCGAACAUUUUUUCGUUUUUUUCACCUUUUCCCCUUUUUUUGGAAAUACUGCCAGGAAAAUCAAAAAAUGACCUCUUUAAAGUACCACCCCAAGAAAAUUUAAGAAAAGAGUCUACAUCGUAUACAUUGGGUUAAGCUUUCUGGUAGAAAAAAUAUUCACAUAAAAAAAAAAAGAAAUAAACAACCUUGUAAAACUAAUGCAUUCUUCGUUACACUCAGAAUCUAAAAGAACAAAGUAUUCAAAUUGGUUCAUUUUCAUAACGAUAUAUAAAUUAUACUAUACACAUUUUCUGAUAUUAUUUUACAUGGGUAAAAGUUAGAUACAAAAUUAAAAUGAUGAGAGAUUUACCUAUUUCCCCCUCAUAUAACUACCACUGAACUAAUAUUGUAUUGAUCUAAUUUGUAUAGAUUCAUCUAUAUAAAUAUUAUAGCCACUAUUGGGGUCGGGAAUUUCCAGACGGAUUUAUUUUUGAGCGCUUGACGGGUCGGAAUUGCUCUGCAUGGCCGGGAGGAGUCGAUCGAUACGAUAAAAUGAUUACACAUUCAUUUUUUAUCGGAAACAUCUGCAAAAGUGCAAACCUGCGGUAGCGUAUAAUUUACCUAUCCGUUUGUGUCUGAAGUUAUUAUUUAUGAGACUUUAUCUUAUCGCCUAGAUGUCACUUCGAUCAGCAAACCUAAUGUACUGUGUUAUCCACCUCGAUUAUGUGAGAAAUUAGAUAUAAAAAAUGGCGUCCCUAAAGUAUUACCCCAGGAAAAUUACCUUUCAGAAAAACUGCUUAAAAAAAUACUUUCUGAUAGAAUUUGUCUACAUAAUAUAAAAAAAUAAGAAACAAAAACAUCUAUAAAAUUAAUAUAUUUUUUAUACUCAGAAUCUAAAAGUCUCCAGUCAAUAUUAGUUAUAAUAAUAAUUAUGUUAGGUAUAUGUAUAUUAAUUAUGAUUCUGAUUACCUAUAAUGGCUAUAAUUAUGCAGUAGGCUGUAAUUGUAUUUGUUUAUUUAUUUUUAAAAGUUAACGCCAAACGGUUUUUUACAAUGGGAAUGAGUUAAAAAAAAAAAUUAUUUUACAAUAAAAACAAUAAGAUAGGUAGGAAAGUAAACAUAACGUAACUUGUUAAUUGACUAUUAUUAUUAUGGGUAAUUGACUAAACACUUUUUUCUCUAAACUUAAAAAAAUAUUAAAAAUCAUGAAUUUAAUGAAAAUAAAAAAUUGAAAUUUUCUAAAUUUUCAGAAGAAUAAACUUUAUAAAAUAACUUUAAUCAUCUUCAAAUUUUUCAAAAUGAUUCAACAAAAAUGUAAUUCAAGUAUAAAUAUUUAUUAUCCCUGUAAUUAGUAUAAAAAAAACAGCAUUAUUUCAGGAGAUAUUGGAUAUCUAUUUUUGAGACACUCUGUUUAAGUUAGAUACUUAUAGAUUAUACAGGUAUAUUAUAAUUAAAAGGUUUGGCCUUCACUUUACCUACUCAUUUUUCGGCAAUUUAUUACCUACAAUAGUAAGUAUAUAAUUAAUGUUUUUACAUUAUAAUAUUUGUACUGUAAUAGUAAUAAUUGAGCACCACUUCAAAAUUUGCAGUAAUGCUUUAAUGCCUACGAUAUUUUUGGUAAGUAAACUACAAAAAAUAAAAUUGUAUAGUUUACUGUCUUUAACUAAAUAUUUGUUCACUAUUCUUAAUUUCUUGUAAUAUAUUCUGACUUGAAAAUAUUUAUUUGCUCGUGUACAAACACCUGCAGUUUAAUGAAUUAACGUUUAAAGUUUAUAAAAGGUGCACAGGAAUGACGAGUUUUGUACAGAAUUUUACUCCACUUCUCCAAACUUUAUUUUAAAAUAUGCUGAUGAGAGUGCUUACCUACUUCGCAUUGGAAAUUAUAAUAUAAAUAAUGAAUAGAAGGUAAUGUAUAAAAAUAACAGGAAAAGAAAUAAUUUUGGUAAAAAACGUGAGUUAUCUAUUUAAAUUUUGUGUUUAUUUUAUAAGUACACAGAUUCUUUUUACGAAUAUUCUGGCAAAUGUAAAAAUCAUUUAGAUCUUAAAUUUUAAUGAAAACUAUUAUUUUUUAUUGACAAAUCGGUUUAAAAUCAGUUUUAAUUUGAACGCGUGUGAAAUAUAAUCUAUAAAUCUAAUUAUUAUCUAAUUUAUAAAAUUGAAAUUCUGUCUUAUAUAUAAUAUAUGUCUGUCUAUCUGUCUGUCUGUCCGCUGUGUACAUCUAUAGUUUAUUCGGAUCUCGUAGUAACUAUGCUAACUUGACAUUUAUAACAAGAGCAAAAUAGCUCGAAAUUCAACAUUUAAAGGGUGACUGAAUCAGGGCUUUUAAUAUUUUUGGAACGAAAAUUUAAUUUAUUUUGUUGAUUUAUGGGUAAUUUUGGUGUCCCGAAUGAGAAAAAAAUAACUUAUUAUUAUUUAAUUUGGUUACCCUAGAUAAGGAAAACCUUUUUAAAAGAAAAAUGACAGUUUGGAAUCGAUUAACUCCGAGUAAGGGUGGAAUCGUGAAGAAUUAUGAAAUUGAAUUUAUUUUAUUUUAUUAUCUUGUUUUUAAAAUAUUGAAGGGAACUACAGUUUAUAAUUCAAUGUAAUUCAGUUAGUUAAUACAUUUUCUGAGUAUAUAAAAUAUUUAUAGUUCUUCUUUCUUCUCUAGGACUUUAAAAUUACAAACCUCAUUAUUGAUCAUGUAGAAUUUUUCUUUAUAUCACGUAUUUUUUUUCAAUUGAAGUGUGUAUAUUUAGUUUUAAAUUCAAUUGUACAUUAAUUUAUUAUUAUUUUUAUUGUUAUAUUAUUUCUUUUUUGAUUUAUUAAGUGUCUCAUUUGCUUUUAUUAUUUAAAUAUAAUUUUAUUUAUAAUACUUUUAUCUGCUAUUUUCGUAAAUUAAUCAUUCCUUUGAUUAAAUUGAUUAAAUUGAAAUGUUACUGAAUUCUCGAUUUUAUUCAUUCUUACUCACUAUACUUUAAAAAAGGGUUUUUACCCUCUUAACAUGUAUAAAUAAAUAAAUUACGAAUGUAACUGUAAAGUAUAUUAAAUGAUUGCUUAUUGUGCAUAUGAUAGUCGAUAAACAUUUUGGUCAUAGUAUAACAAUGAUAAUAAAGAACAAAGUAUAUACACAACGAAAUAAUUUCUUACGGCUUAAAUUAAAAAAUAAAAUAAUAAGAAUUUGAUUUUAACACAGAGUAAUUAGAAUAAUGAACUAAGCGUCUUGGUAAAAAGUAACUUGGUGUUAAAGGUGGUAUGUUUAGAGUAGGUCAUGUAUUCAGAUCCUUCAUCCAUGUCACUGUAUGAGGCUGCUUUUUGUAAUCGUUCCAAUUCCGUCUUUAAACUUAAUGUUUUGACAAGCUUCUUUGAUAUACUUGACUGUUUAUUCGUCACCACAUAAGCAGAGGAAAGAUUCUUGCAUACCCCAUUUAUGCUGGAGACUUCCCCAUCAGUCUAGCUCAGUUCUUGCUCUAUUUAGAGUUGUCCACAUAGACCGUGGGAGGUCAAAAUCGGAAUUUUUUUAUCAAAAUAUCAUCGACUACUGUGACGUUCAGUAUUCUUAACUAUUUCCAACGUCAUUUUCACAUCUCUAACAGAAACUUUAGGUCCCAUAUGGGAUGCCUCGGUUUCAGUAGAUAUUAUUGAUGAGCAUGAGUUAUAUUAUAAAGUAGUGAUUUUUAUUUGCAAUUAAUAAAUGAUUUUUUAAUGUUAUAAUAAUAUUUACAAUCGCGAUUUUGCGUAAAAUAUAUCCUAACCUAACCUAAACCCCGUCUAUACACGCUAAACCACGCGUCCUCAUACCUCAUUGCUGUAUACAUAAAAUAAUAAAUAGAAUAAAUAUGAUAUACGAGCAUGUAUAACUAAUACUUAAAAAAAAACCACCGUAAUUAAUAUAACAUAACUACUGUAUGGAUAGGAUUUAAUUCCAACAGUUGCGUUUGGUACUCUCCCAUAUCGUAUUCUUUUUUUUUCAUUGAAUAUUCCUCAGCCGAGUAAGAUAAUUGUUCGCAAAAAAUUGAAUAUAUUAUAAAUUUACAAAUACGCCAUAGUAUAAGUAAUUUAGGUUUGAACAAGUCCCGGUUAAUUAACAGCCGAGCCCGUGGUAAUAGUUACUUAUUUUGUCUCGGUUUCAGUAUAAUUAUCUUUAUAUGUUCGUUUCAAAAAUAAAAGUGUACACUUUUGAUAAGGAAUACGCUACUCCGCUACUCACCAUAAAUCUGUAGGUGUCGAAUUCUAAAACUAUUGCAAAAUCUAUGUAAAAUAAUGUACACAUUUUUUCAAACGAACAAAGCGUAUUUAUAAAUAAAAAUAUAAUUUAGUGCCCACAAAUUAUCAUGCAUUACACAGAAAUAUUGUUUAGUGUUUUGCACACUUUUAGGAUCGUAAAUAUGUGAAACAUGUAUUUUAUUAUAAUACCUACCUAGUACCUACACAUUUAUACCACUAUAUACUUAAAUUUUGAGAUAAAAAUAAUCAACGAUGUGUGUAUAAUUGCUGUACGGUUUGAAGACUAAAAACUGUGAAUUAUUACGUUUAAAGGGAAAAAGGUAUAUUAUUAUUACUGUACUGGUUCGUUUUAUCAACGGUUAGGAUAAGCUUAUUAUUAAACAAAUAUUUAAAUCGAUAUGCACCUUAUUUGUCACAACACCAUUAACCUAACCUAACCUAACCUAAUCACGUUAAUGAGAAACGGUUGAUUGGGAACUAUAUAAUGAACGAGUAAUUCAUAUACACUAGGCACUCUGCAUUAAAUUGCAUUAUAUAGUGAACAACAUGAUAAUAAUAGACCAAAUAUGCAAAUCAAAUUAUUAUGGAAUCUACUUUAUAUGCAGUAGUUAUUUAAAUACAACUGGUAAAGAACAAUAAAAAAAAAAAGGAGCUGAUAUAUUAGCUGGGAAUGAGUGGGCCAAAAUUUUAUAGGUGGGCAAUUAGGAAGGUAGAAUACUUAAAGUUACAUAAUUUUAAUCUGUAAGCAAAAAUAAAUCAUUACUAACGAAAAACGAUUCGGAGCAUAGUUUGGUUACACAUGUUUUGAAAGGCCAUAUAUUUAUGAUUUUUGUAAAAAUUUGGUACGAAAACUCAAAUAAAAAUACAAAAUAUUUUCUUUUUACCACUAAGUAUGACUUAUAAUGAACAACCUGUUGAAAUUUUCAAGGAUUUCUGUUUAGUCUAACAAUUUUAUCCACAGAGUCCCUAGCAAAUAAUAAUUUGUUACAUUAGGGUAAAUUUAUUUUUUUACCAUCAAGUUAUACGUAUAUACCAACUAAGUCCAAGAUCAAAAAAAAAAAUUCUUAUCAUUUUUCGAAUGUAAAAACAUUUCUGAUAGAAUUGCUGUCAAAUACACUGACAAAUAAUUGUAUAAUCAUCAUCAUCAUAUUAUUAUAAUACUAAUACAGUGGUGAUCAAUCCUCAAUAAGACAUUAAUUAUCUUGGAAUGUAGUAACUUUUUUUGAAAUUUUUAAUUUUCAAAUGGCAACCUAUAUUAUAAAUUUCAUGAAUAAAUGAAAUUUAAAUACAUUUCGGUAUUGAAAUUAAUUUCCGUCAACAAGCAGUGGUUUCACACUCCAAAAAUAAGAGUGAAAGAAAAUAGCAAAUAAUAUAACAUUUAGAGCUGCUCUUGUUUCUUAAGUUUAAAUUUAAAUAAUUUCUAAAUAUAUUUAUAUAUAAUACUUUCCGAGAUAAUGACUGGCUUAUUGAUCAUUCUGUUUAAACAUGUAUUAUAUACCUAUUAUAUUAUUGUUAAUAAAAUUGCAUUAUAACAUCGACUGCUGCUAACAAUACUCAUCAUUAGGUUAAUACCCGCGUGAAAAGUUCAUCAGACAGACACACAUUUUUCUAUUAAAAUUAAAAUAUAACAAGUCGUACUCAAUUUCGAUAUUUUUAAUUAAUUAAUCAUCUCGUGAUGAUAAAAUCGGCAGGUAACACUAUAAUUAAUUAUUCAUGAUUAAUCUGAAAUCAUAUACAAACCAUAUUAUUAUAUUUCAAUUUGUACCGGGUUAUUUUUUUAGAUAAUACAAAUAACAAUAAUCAAGCAAAUAUUUAAUGAGUUCCACUAUGAAUUAAUGAACAUGUUAAUUUAGAGGAGUAUCGUAGGUCCUCACCUUAGAUGAACUUACAUAACACCUAUAUUCACUACCUACCUAUAAUAGUACUGGUACUAGGUAGUUUAUUUUUUAUUGUACUAGGUUACUAUAGAAAAAAAAAAAAUAGAUACAGUUUAAAAUGAUUUUACAAUACUAUAAUUAUACUUAAUGAUAAUAUAAUAGUUUUUUAAAAUCUAUUUAACAUUUUUUUUAGCUUUAUUAUGUUUAGUCCUAAUUAUUAGACAGUUACAAUAGAAUAACCAUUAAUUAGAGAAACUGAGUACUUUGAGUAAUUUAAAAUUUAAAUAAUUAAUACAAAAAUUAUUAUACCAAACCUUAAAGUGCACUCGUUCUAAUAGUUUACAUAUGCAAAUAUUAUGUAGUUUAGGUGUAUAAUAAGAAUCUAAAAAUUAAAUAGAUAACAACUAACUAUAUAGAUUUACAAAAUAGUAACCUUCAUAUUUUAAAUUCUGAUUCGAAAAUAAAAUAAUUUUUUAUGCGUAAAAAUUGUGAUACUAAUAUCGGAUAUUAUAAGUACCUAUAAUAUAGAGUUAUAAUAGUUUAAUAUUUUGACCAGAAAGUAGGAAAGGGUAAUAUUUCGAUUUCAAAUGUUAUUAAGUAUUAUUCAUACUAACAUAAUUAGACGAGUAUUCUACGAAUAUUCAAAAAAUAUGAGAUGCUAUUUGAAAAUCAAUAUAAUUGAUAUAUUAUUGUAUUUAUUUAUAUUAUAAUUAUUCAAUUAAUUAUUGUAUUUAAAAGAUAUUGUAAAUGAUAAUAUUUCGUCAAACGUUUUAUGAAAUGUCUGAAAAAUGAAAAUAAAUACUCAAAAUCGUAUCGUAAAUAGGUACUUGAAAUAUUAUAAACGAUAAAAAAGAAUCACCAAGUACCCGUAUUAUUUGAACGUUGUUUUUUACUAUUCCUAUUAAAACAGUUUGACUGCCCGCACGUGCGCGUAUUUUUCUGAACACAAAGAAACGGUAAUAUUUUUAUAUUCAAACUACGGACAUUUUUUGUAUACUUUUCAUAGCGUCAUGUUAUAGAUAUAUAAAUAAUAAAUGGCAAGCAAAUAAAUACAAAAAACCUCGAUUACGUAUAUAUUAUUAUAUACGAAAUUUCCAUUACCUAUCUGAUUUUGCCGAGUACACGGGCAUUUUAUUCCUAUCUAAAAUCAACACAUUCGUGCGUGCGCGGUUUCUAUAUAACUACGGCACUAACAACAUUUUGUUAUGAUUUGUUAGUAAAUAUCGCAUGUGUUAAAAGUACAAAUCUGUGUACGCGUAACAGGUUAAAAAUACUGAAACAAACCUAUGACAUUCAGCCUGUAUUAAUAUAUGAUUAUAAUUUACUAAUAUUUUAAGUUUAGAAUACAGUUAUAGAGAUUUCUUAUGGUAAGGUUUUUUGAUAUUAUGUUAUUUUUAAUUUUGAAAAUAAUAAAAAAACGAACAGAAAUAUUUCACACGAUGGGUGGACCACGGUUAUAGGUGAAACGUUAAGAAGGUAAGAUAUAUAGUGGGUAAUUUAAUAUAUUUCUAUAAGCAACAAUUAAUCAUUGCUAAUGACAAACGAUUCUGAGCGGAGUUCGGUGAUACAUGUUUGAAAGGCUAUAAUAUUUCCGAUUUUCGUCAAAAUUUGAUGUUAAAAUUUCUAUAGAAAAAAAAAAAAAAAAAAAACUAUUGCAUUCGAUUUUAUCUUUUUUUUUCGACCUCAAAAUACGAUUUAUAAUGAACCUCCUGUUAAAUUUUCAAGCAUUUGUGUUUGGUCUGAUAAUUUUAUCCACAGAUAUUUACCGAAUAAAAUUACGUAAACAACUCAUAAAAUUUAAAUUUCUGUAAAUAGCUUAGAAAAUUUCAAGUCUACGAAUAUGGCUCCAAUCUAAAAAUGACAAUAGAUUGAUUUUGUUCCUUUUAAUAUUUCGUCACUGACAGAGAAAGUAGGUUUUGAUAUAUAAAGUAUUUUUCAGAAUGAUUGGAAAAAACCAAAAAAGGCAAAAUAUACUACUUUUAAAUUACGGCACAAAGAUUUUAUUGUCCCAAAUUAGUUUAAUUUAGGAUCAUUUGUAUGGUAGUACGGCGCGCGGUGUGUUAAUAAUGCACCACUGCUCUCCUCCAACCUAAACUUAAAAAUGGAAUAUCUCGUCAACUGUUUGACAGAAAUCAAAAUUUUCACUCAAAUUUAUUUUAACUAAUACUCCAUUUAUUUAUGGAUAUUUUAAUAUAGACUGCCAUUUGAAAAUCAAAAUUAAGUAAUUUUUUUACCCCCAAAAAUAAGGGUGACAAAAGGUAACAUAAAUAUUAAAUUGUAGAGUAGCUUAUUUCAUAAAUGUAUCUAGAAAACAGUUCCGGAAAAAGUUAAUACUUUCCGAGAUAAUGAGUGUGCCCACUUAUUAAUGGAUCACUCAAUAUAACCGAACUUCGUUCAGGAUCGUUUUUUGUAAACAAUGCAUUGAUAAACCAUGGUUAAUUGUUGGUUAAAGGUAUAAAUUAAAUAAAUUUAUGUAUCUUACCUUUCCUACUACAUAUCUAUAACAGUGGCCACACCCGUCCUUAGAAUCGAUUUUUUUUUUAAUCUGGAACUUUUUUGUAGGUACUGCUAUAAUGCGUUGGAAAAAAUAAUUUAUUAAAAUAUAAAUGUUCGGAAAAUAAUCUGUUCGUAAACAAAUAUUUUUAAAAAUUAAUCUAAUAUAGGUAGAAAAUAAAGAAAAUAAUUAAUAUGAAAAAUAAAAAUAUAAAUUAAAAUUAGAAAGACUAAUAAUAUACUAGAAUAAUAACAUUUUUGAAUCCUAACUAUUCGGAACGCUAAAAUAUCAGAAUACUAAGCUUUGGAAUCCUAACAAUUUAUAACUCUAAAGUAUCAAAAUAUAAACAUCAUGGUGUCGUAAUUAUAUUCAUUGAUAGGAUACUGAUAAUUUAGAUUUCCAUAAAAUUGGGUUUUAAACAAUUUAUAGUCUACCUCUUUUAUUUUCCAUGAUUUAUGAAUUCGAAGCCGAUUAUUUUCUAGUUUUUAUUUUCCAACUAAUUGAUUUCUAGAGUUUUAAAUUCUAAAAUAUAAUCUUUCUUAACUUUUAUUUUCUGUGAAUUUGGCCACGUCCCUUUUUUCGGCAACUUAGUGAUCUUACGUCGAAACGGCAACGGUACCCAGAUAGCAAUAUUAUAUUGACACAGUGUGUUUUAUUGGUUUGUUUGAUAUUGUAUAAGUAUAUUUUAAAUGUUGUCACAAUAAUCCAUGACAGCUAAGAAAAUAUGAUAAUAAUAUUUUUUAAUAUUUGAACAAUUUAUAUCUAAAUAUUGUGACAAUAUUAAUUUUAAAUAUUGUAGGCGCCUUCUUAAUACAUUAUUGUACCAUUGUUUCAAUAAAAAUAUAUCAACAAAUAUAAUAUCUUCAAAUAUUUUAACAAUAUAAACUUUACACAUUGUAAGAGUUAUUCAAACAUUAUUAUUACUUGGCCGUGUUCGUUAAUAGUACAACACAAGCGUUUUAAUUGUUCGCCAUUGUUGUACUAUUAGGUAACUAAUGGUGAUUUUUAAAUCGAAACUGGUCGUAAAUACCCACACCAAUUAUAAUUAAAUAGUUGUGCAAAAAAUUCUUAACCGAGUAGAAAUAAAAUUAUUACAAAUAAAAUAAAAGUAUGAAUUUCAAAAUACAAAAAACUCGACGCAGGAAAAGCAAACACAAUCCAGUCCACGACUAUAGUUUCUUUUACAUUUCAUUUUUCUUUCAUAUAUAAGUAUUAUUUAGAGAAAAAAACAAUUUCUAAUAGUAUUAUUUAUAGAAUUCUUAUAAUAGAAAAAAUAUUAUAAUAUUAUUAUAACAUACUUACAGUAUGCAAUUUUUUACAUAUAAUAUAUUCAUUUACAUCGGUAUAGUGGCUGGUACAAGCUACUAUUAGGAAAGAACUGGGCCAGACAAAUUUAUUAGCUAAUACGUAAAUUUAAACGCGAACAUACAUAGUUUAUCUGGUCAUAAUAUUUAAACGUAAUAAUAAUAUUAUAAUAAAAGGGAUCGUAUCGUAAACUCAACAAUUUAUUUUUUGUGGACGUGUUAUUUAUAAAAAGCAUUAAGUGUAUUAAAGCAUUUUAUAAUAAAUAAUUAUCUUUAAAAAGAUUAAGUUGUUUUUUCAGUUUAUUACAUGAAAAGCGGUUAAAAUAUUAUUACAGUCCGUUAAAGCUUUUGAUUGGCAUCUGAGUUUAUGUUUUAUUUUUACUAUUUUCAAUCUUUUGACGUUAUCGAUUUGAGCAAUCUGUUGUUGGUAAUUCGUGUUCGCAGAUUUUAUUGUUUAUAAAAUUAUAAAUUCGUAUUAUUUAUUCACGGUCAUAGAUAUUUUAGAUUAUAUUAAUUAUAUUUUUUAUUUUAAUCAGCGUUUCUCAACCUUUUUUCAUUCAAUUACCUCUUGACCUCUCACCACCGCUUUACGAACCCCCGAGACAACACUACGCUAUCAGAUUAGAUGGAAUAUUGAUAUAUUGUUCUCUUAUUAUACCUAUUAUACACUUUUUCAUAUAUCAUGAAAAACCAAUUUAUAACAUUACAAUAUUUCACAAAUAACAAAUCAUUUCAAUCAAAUAUAAACAAAUUUCACUUUUUCGCCAUCACACUUUUUUUUUGCAUGAACUCCCUAAUACUUUCUUACGAACCCCUUAUCUCAAAGCCGUUUUUAUAUCCAACAAAUCAAUUAUACAUUGACUUUGUUGUUCUACGCUUAUACGUUUUAUAUUAAAAAUCUUUGGUUUUACAUGUAUAUAAAUACAGACAUUGUUUGAAUACUACACAUAAAGCAUAAUUGUAAUACAAUAAAUAAAUUUUAUUAUAAUCUUAAUUCUAUUAAAUUUUAUAAGACUACAAUCUCUCAUUGUUGUCUUAUGUAUAAACGUACACUGUUGUGUUGUUAACUAAAUUUAAAUCUUUUUAAUUUUAAUAAAAUUAACUCUUUAAAAUGAUUUAUUAUUAUUAAUCACAAUAAGUUUGAUAAUGUCACACUUAUUGUUAUGAUUUAUAAAUGUUUCUUUUUCUUGUUAAUUAAUUAAUAUUUAUAAUAUGUUAGUCACGCAAUUUAAUAAGUAAUUUCUUUAUAAAUUUAAAAUGUUAUAAGAAACUCUCACUUCUUAGAACAAGCUUUUAGUUUUUUAGAAUUGAGUCUAUAUCAUUUAUUGUUAACUGUUAUUAUAUAAUACUUUAUUAGUUUCAGUUAUAUUGUUUUUCUUUUGUAAUUUUAGUUGUAAAAUGUUAUUACCGUUUAAUUACUAUAUUCUUAGAAUUUCUUUUUGGCGAACUGCGAAUUGUUAUAUUGGAAAAAUAAACUAUUAUUAUUAUUAUUAUUAUUAUUAUUUAUAAAUAGAAAAUAAAAUAUAUACCAGUUUUCUUUAAUAGAAAAUGGUUUAGUUUAAUAAACGAAUUAUUAAGUUAAUAGUAGAUAAUAGUAAUAAUAAGUACAUCAAUCACAGAAACUUUUUUAAUACUUUUAAAGUUGUAUACUUAAUUUUUUUAAUGGGUGAUGAACAAAAUAAUAAUUUUUUUAUCUACAUAAAAAGUUACAAAUUAUUUAUCUUAAAGUAAAUACCUAAUUAAAUUUGUAGGUAUAUUUUUUAUCUUUUUCAGAUAUUUUGAAGUUAAAAUACUUUAAAAUCUUUAAAAACACUUCUGCCGGACGAAUAUUAUCGGUUGGUUAAUCCAAUCUGUGAUAAAUUAAAACAUUGUUUUUAAGGAUUAUUAUUCAAUAUAUUUUUACUCACGUUGGUUCAUUGAUUAAAUUGGUUUCCUUCUUCUUACGAACUCAAAUUAUUUAUUUAUUUUAUAUCAUGUUUACUUAAUGUAAUAAUUAUACAAUUGUCUUAAAUAAAAAAAAAAUAUUCAAUAUUUUAUUAUUGUGUUGUUUAUUGUAGAACAUAAUAAAUUGGUUGUAAUUAAUGAAUCGGUUGUAAUUUUUAUAGAUGGCGCAUUACAAGCACAAAGUAUUUGAAGAGGAGACUUCGAGCAUGGGUUCGGUUCAUCUGACUGAAGGAGUGACGGCGUCUUCGACUCACAUCCGUUUUUAUGCAGUAAUAAAUAAUAAUAAUACUUAACAGAAUGGCCAAGACAAAAAAAAAAAAAUACGAUUUUCGGUCAUUUAUUAUUGGUGAUAUAAUAAUAAUAUACAGCAAAACCUCCUAAUAACGAAAUUACUCGGUAUCAACUGAUUUUAUACAAGUAGGUUAUGCGAAACUGUUGUUUUCCGUUUUGAGAUUUCCGCCUUAUAGGGAAUCCGUUAUAAAGAGGUUUUACUGUAUAUCUUAUGAUUAAUCAUUGAAUUAAAUAAAUAUUGUAAUAUUUAAUCAAUGCUGAUAUGACAAUUUUGAUGUACCUAGUACCUAUACCUAUAAUAUCAAAUUAUUAUUUUCAAUAGGGCAAACCUAAAAAUCCUUGGACUAUGUGGCAAAACAGAACGCAGUUGGAAAAGAUACUUAUCGGUUUGUGCGUGUUCAAUUUUCUGAUAGUCACAAUUAUGUAUUUGAACCCGAUGAGUACGGAAUCAUGUGAUACUGUUGUAUAUCCAACUGUACCCGCAUACGAAGAAUCCCAUUCGUACGUCAAUACCGGGCAAGGUGAAUUUGCAUAUUUCAAUUUAUAAAAGAAAAUAAUUUUAAAAAUACAAACGGACAUACUUCGCAUGAUGGAUGGGUCACUGUUGUAGGUGAGAAGUUGAAACGGUAGAGGGGAAAUUUAAUGUAUAUCUGUACGCAACGAUAAUUCAUUGCUAGCAAAAAACGAUUCUGAGCGGAGAACGGUUAUACAUGUUUUUAAAGGCCGCAAUAUUUAUGAUUUGAAAAAAUACGUUUUAUAAAUUUUCCCGUUUUCCUACAUUCUGUCCAUUUAUUAUGAAAACCCCUGGGAAAAUUAACUUGAAAAUAGGAGCAAAAUUUAUGGUAGAAAAGUUGUUUACAGACACAAAAAAUAAAAUAAAAUAAACUUCAUUGUAAAACCAAUACUUCUCUUCGCUCAAAAUCUAAAAGGCUGGUACAGUUGAUGGGUAAACCACUGUAUAAGUUUGAAUAAUAGUACUUAGGUAUAUAUGUAUACAGGGUGAUCAAUCUAUCAUAGGACACUCAUUAUCUCGAAAAGUAUAAACUUUUUUUGGAAUUUGUUUUAGAGUUAUAUUUAAUAAACAAGCAGCUCUACAAUUUUACAUUUAUGUUAUUUUUUGAGUAGUGGUGCAUUAUUAUAACGUCACGUGCUGUGCCACUACAUAAAUGAUGUUCUACUACUCUCCCCCUACUUAAAUAGAUAAUGGUUUUAUCUUCAAAAAAAGAUAACAAAAUAUAACAUACUUAAAUGUAAAAUUGUAGAGCGGCUUGUUUCUUAAAUAUUCUAUAAAACAAAUUCCGAAAAAAGUUCAUACUUUCCAAGAUUAUGAGUGUCUUAUAUUUUUAUACAUUAAUAUAAUACAUUAAUCACUUUAUAUACUAGAGCUCAUUAUUUCAAGUGUACACGCAAAAUUAAUAUUCGUCAAUAUAAAAUCGUGGAUUUGAUAUAUCCGUGUACACGUGUAUUCACGUAUUGUAGUAUUAACAAGUAUAUUAAAUUCCUAACAUAUAAUAAUAACAAAUAACAAUAAUCAGUUUACCAAUCGACUCGACAUAGGGAGUACGUAAAGGCCGGUCAUCCUCUACUUAUUAUAUUCACACUGUAGACUGUAGUUGAUUAGGCUUUACGUAUUAAUUCACGUUUUAAAUCGAGACCUCUAGUAUGUAAGUAUAAUUUCGUUGUAAAUACAAAACGCAACGAUUAAGCAUUGUAAACAAAAUAUGAUUAUGAGUGGAGCUCAGUUAAAUAUUUGUUUAGAUUCCGAGUAAAGCAAAGAAGCUUAUGGUUUUACAAAGAUUUUAUUGUAUUAUUUUUUUAUCUGUGCACAACUUUUCUACCAGAAGAUUUGCUCAUAUUUGUAAGUGUAGCACCUUAUCUGAAAGAAAAUCGGUGUGUAAAGGUACAUUAAUACUGUCAUUUUUUCGAUUUUCUUAAGAGUUUUCUCAUCAAAUUUGAAAAACCAAAAUAAAACUAAGGAAAAACGAGAAAAUAUAAAAUGUAGGUAUUAGUUAAAAAAUAUAUUACGGUCUUUAUUCCUGUGAACAACUUUUCUAAAAGCAAUUUGGCUCCAAUUUAUAAUGAUAGCAAUGUUUCUAAAAGGAAAUUUUACUUAGAAGGUACUUUAAAGAGGUCAUUUUUUGAUUUUCUCAAGAUUUUUCUCCGAAAAUGUGAAGAACUUAGAAAAACGUGGGAAAAAUGGGAAAAUCGUUAUAAUAUUAAACAAAUAUUAUUAAAGGAAAUAUAUAAAUCCUAUUUUAUUAUUUUACUAUAAAAUGACAUAUAUAUUGUUGACAAAGCAUCACUAUCAAUUAAACUCUGCUGAGAAUCGUUUUUUCGUAAGCAAUUGUUCAUCAUUGAUUACAGUUAUAUAUUCAAUUAUCUAUAACAGUGGCUACAGCCGUCUGCCGUCCCCAUUAUCCUAAGUUGUCUUUUAAAAGUUUAUGUUGAACAUUUGAUUAAGUUUCAACUGUAGAGUAUUGUUAAACAUUGUUCAAACAUUUAAAAAAAAAACCAUUAAGCAACAUUAUAUGUUUUCCCAUUAGUAGGUAUUAGGUAAAGUACAAUGAACCAAUUAAGUACAAAAUGCUUACAAGAAAAUUCUUACCUAUGAAGUUUCCUGGCUGAAAAUUAGUUCUCAAAUAAACAAAAAAAAAAAAAACAAAACAAAUCAAGAAGCACAUAUUAUGUGUAAUAAAAAUGAAAAUAAAUAAUAUGAAUUACAUUCCACUCAAAAUCUAAAAUAAGAGUAUUUAAGUACUUUUUGAGGAGGAUUAAAAUCUUUAAAUCUCUCCAUGAAAUCGGCACCUACACAUGAUAUAAUAUUAACAAUGUAUUGCAUCUGUAAAAUUUAAUUUACUGUAUUUUGAGUAUAUUUUGAUGGAAUUGUUAUUUUUGUCCACAGAGUAUUGUAUGAAGGAGUCGUGCGUGACAACGGCAGCCACUAUUAUUAAAAGUAUGGACACAAAAUCCGAUCCUUGCCACGAUUUCUACAAAUAUGCUUGUGGCCAGUGGAUAAAAUCGAAUCCAGUGCCGGAUGGACGAUCUAUGUGGGGCAUGUUUAACGAAUUGGAAAUGAAAAAUCAGCUUAUAGUUAAAAAUGCACUAGGUGUGACAUAUUUAUUUUUUAUAUUCAACAUUUCUAAAUCUUAUAUAAUAAUGAUACCUGUACCAAAUAUUAAAAUAUAUAUACAGUAAAACCUCCUUAUAACAAACCCCUGGAAAUUUCUUUAUAACGGAAAAAUCAGUUAGUACUGAGCGAUUCUGUUAAAAGGAGGUUUUACUGUAAUAUUAUAUUUUUUACUCUUUAUGGCUAAAUAGUGAAACAAGAAUAAAAAUAAAAUUGCAUAAUACUUAUUCUUUUAAAAAUCAUUAAAAAAAAUAACACAUACAGAAUUUAAUCAUCUAUAACCCAACAUUUUUUUAGCCUUGAGUACUUAUACUUUCUUUUACAGAGGCUACUCCUUUGAAUACUAGUAUCAAAGCCGAACUCAAAGCUAAGAUGUAUUUCACUGCUUGUAUGGAUCCUAAUAACACAAUCGAAACAUUGGGUGCUCAACCUUUGAUUGACCUGAUUGACCAAAUUGGCGGAUGGAACAUAUCCGGAUUGUGGAAUUCAACUAAAUGGAAUCUUCAAACCACUUUAGAAAUAGUCCACAAUAAUUAUAAUAUGGUUGGAUUGUUUUCAUGGAUGGUUGGUGAGGAUGACAGAAAUUCGAGCAGGCAUAUUAUUCAGGUUAGCAUUCUACAUGAACAAUUUAUACAAAUAUCUCACUAAAUUACUAAAUAAAAGUAAACAAUCCUGUUUUUUUUUUUUUUGUAUGGUUCAUAGAUUGACGAAGGGGCUCUGACAUUACCAACACGAGAUUUAUACUUGAAUGUUACAGCAAAUCAAAAACUAUUAGAUACAUAUUUAGAUUAUAUGACGACGGUGAGCUCUUAUAUUAUAUUCAUAUGCAUUUAAAUAAAGCCUAUCUUGUAGUAAUAAUGAAUUUUCUAUCGUUUCUGUAAUUUUGUAUGUUUCAUACACACAUAAUAAUUGAAAACUAUGUAACAUUUGAGAAAUAUUACUUACAUAUUAUAACUAUUUAAAAUAAAAAUCCUUAUUUUUGAGGUUUUAGAUUGGAACAUUAUUGGGUGGUGAACCAAAUUCAACGAGAAUUCAAAUGAAACAUGUUAUUGAAUUUGAAACGCGCUUGGCUAGGUUUACGGAACCCGAAGAAGAUAAGCGAGACGAAGAAAAGGCCUAUCAUAUUAUGUCCAUCACCGAAUUACAAAUUUUAGCUCCAUUUGUAUGUUUAUCACACAGUAGUAUACAUUUAUUAUUAUUUUUUUUUUUAAUCUUAAAUUCUAUUUUUUAAAUAUAAAUUGAAAUAAAUUAUUCUCUCAAAUUCAUAAGUCAGUAAUGGACAUUAUAUUUUCAGAUUAAAUGGAAUGAAUACUUCAAUUCAGCUUUCAGAAAAGUUAAUAGAAAGAUUUUUCCAAAGGAAAAUGUUGUUGUAUACUCUCCUUCUUUUCUUACAAAUCUUACUCAAUUAAUCAAUGAAUAUAGUAAAUCUCCAGAAAAUAAAACGUAAAAAAAUAACUUUUACACUACUAUUAUAUCUACAAUUUAUUGUUUUAUUGACAUUGUAUUAAAUUAUUAUAUAUAGAGUGAUUAACAACUAUUUGGUAUGGCAAACUGUCAGGACGGUUACUCCUUAUUUAUCAAAAGUUUUUCGAGACGCGUAUAAGGGACUACGAAAGGCACUAUUGGGAUCUGAAGGCGGCGAAGAACCCUGGCGUUACUGUAUUAGCGAUACAAAUAAUGUUUUAGGAUUUGCAUUAGGAGCAUUAUACGUUCGGGAAGUUUUCCACGGACAAUCAAAAAAACUAGUAAAAAUUUGCAUAGCACUCUUUAUUAAAAAAUGUGAUAAGUACAUUAUCGAUAAUUUUAUAUAUUUUUGCAGGCUGAAGAAAUGAUAAACGAAAUAAAAACUGCAUUUAAAGACAACUUUAAAAACUUGCAUUGGAUGGAUAAAGAAACACUGAUCGAAGCCGAACAAAAAGCUGAUGCUAUAACAGAUAUGAUUGGUAAAUAAUCAGUAAAUGUUAAAUAGGAUAUUACACAUUUUAUAGUUCAAAUAUAACAUAGGUGCUUAUCUAAAAAAUAUUUUAGGUUUCCCUGAUUUUAUAAUGGACUCUGAUCAAUUGGAUGAAAAAUACAGAAAUUUAACUAUACGUAAUGAUGAAUAUUUUAGUAAUAACAUACGAGCUAUAAAAUUCAACUUACUACAAUACUUAAACAAACUCGAUCAACCAGUCAACCGUACUAAGUAAGAAUAUUUAAAUAAUAAACAUGUAUUAGUUAACAUAAGUAUACUAAUUGAUUUUUUUUCAGGUGGAGUAUGACUCCUCAAACAGUAAAUGCAUAUUACACGCCAACCAAAAAUCAAAUUGUUUUCCCAGCUGGUAUUCUACAAGCUCCAUUUUUUGAUCAAAAGCAACAGUCCUCCAUAAACUAUGGUGCUAUGGGAGUAGUCAUGGGACAUGAACUCACCCACGCCUUUGACGAUCAAGGUAAUUUAUGAUCACUUUCCAUCAAAACAAAAAAAAGUGAAUUUGAAAAAUAAAUUCUAAACAAAUUUAAGAUUUUUUGGUUUUUAAAAGUAUUCUUACCUAUAUAAUAUUAAUAUGUGUAUAUUUUUUAAAAUUGCAAGGUCGAGAAUUUGAUCGUUUUGGAAAUUUACACCAGUGGUGGAAUAAUAAUACCAUUGACAGAUUUAAGAAAGAAACAGACUGCAUGAUUAAACAAUAUUCAAAUUACAAAGUUAACAAUUACAACAUAAAUGGAAAACGCACAUUAGGUAUUUACAAUGAAAUCAAAUUAAUUAUAAAUGAAAGCAAUUUCUGUGAUAGACAUUAUUAUAUUUCAGGAGAAAAUAUUGCUGACAAUGGAGGACUUAAAGCUGCGUACCGUGCUUACAUAAAGUUACUUGAUGAAAAAAUGGUUCAACCAAAUCGUCUUCCUGCUGUUCAUCUUACCACUCAACAAUUGUUUUUCGUGAGUUUUGCCCAAGUAAGUUUACAAAAUAAACAAAAACAAAUUGUUCCACCGAGAAUUUAAAAAAAAAACAUUAACUAAUUUAUUAAUUUUCAGGUUUGGUGUUCAUCAAGUACAGAGGAAUCCCUUAAAUUACAAAUAGAAAAAGAUUUACAUUCACCAUCUCAGUUUAGAGUAAAUGGUCCGUUGAGCAAUUUUAGAGAAUUUUCUGAAGUUUUUAACUGCCAAAUAGGAACACCGAUGAAUCCAUCUAAUAAAUGUAAUAUAUGGUGA